AUGUCUGAUUGGGAAGCUAACACAAUUAUUGGUUCUAAGGCCAGACGUGGCGCUAGUGGUCCAAGAGCCACUGUCACUAAAUCUCAAGGUCAAAUCAAUGCUGCUAGAAGACAAGGUUUAGUGGUCUCUGUAGAUAAAAAAUACGGUAGUACUAACGUCAAAGGUGACAGUGAAGGUCAAAGAUUAACUAAGGUCGAUCGUGAAACUGAUAUUAUUAAACCAAAGAAAUUGGACGCCAAUGUUGGUAAAGCUAUUUCUCGUGUACGUACUGAAAAGAAAUUAUCUCAAAAAGAACUAGCUACAAAAAUCAAUGAAAAGCCAACUGUUAUUAACGAUUAUGAAGCUGGAAGAGCCAUUCCAAACCAACAAGUCUUGGGUAAGUUAGAAAGAGCAUUAGGUGUCAAGUUGAGAGGUAAGAAUAUUGGUGAACCUUUGGGUGGUCCAAAGAAGAAGUAA